GGGGCAGCCGGGCACGCGCCCACGUGGGCUGGACGAGCUCGGCUCCGCUGCGGGAGAGGCUCGCUUGCAGCCGCGCCGGCAGAGGGGAACCAGCCCGAGAUCCUGCCUGACUUCAGCCGGAGUCUGGGUAGGAGGCGGGGCGCGAAAGGAAGGGAGUCCGGAGCUGCCCGCUCUUCUUCGCCUGGAGCUUCACGCCAGCCCCAGGAGAGUCCGCCCCAACAGUUUGCAGGAGGGGUGGAGCCGAGUCCAGUAGCACUGGAGACCUCCUCGGGGGCACGAGUUUGCGAGAGUCAGAGCUCCCAUUUUGCAGGUGGCUGCAGAGAUCCGGCGCUCAGCCCCCUCUGGUAACAAGAGCAGGAGGAAGGGGGGACUGAGAAACCCACGUGGAGCGAGUCGAGCUGACCCCAAGAGAGACCGGGCUUGUGAAGGGCAAGCCGGGCUGGCAGAAGGGAAUGCCGGGCAACCCGGCACUCUACAGAGGAGAGGAGGCUGAGCAGGGCUAAGGGAGAGCUGGCCUGGCUGGCAGCCCCUCCCCCGGGAGAAAGGUCACUGUUGCCUCCAGUGUGAUGUGUGUGGAUGGGUCAUAGGUGAUGCUGGCGGUCAGAUGAAGGCGAGGGGGCUGAGACUCCCCUGACGAUCUCCAGGGGCAGGGAGGGGGAGCUGUCAAGCCCCCAGCAUAUUGCCGGGGACAAGAAGGCAUCAGAGACUCAGCGAGCAUGUGCAGAAAGCAAAAGGCCUGCCCAAGGGACUUGGAGAAGAACCCAAGGAAGUAGAAAGCCCUGGCCCGUUCCUGGUUCCUGCUUCAGGUGUCUCAGGCCUUUCCACCAUGGCCGCCUACGACGCCGCCAUCUCGCUGCUUGUGAUGGUCGGCACCGUGGCGCUCGCGGCAGCCGGCAGGCAACUGGCCCGCCGAUUUGUACGUAACCCGCAGCUGUACUCCUUCAUCCAGGAGCUGAGCGGCGCCUUCCAGAUCUGCGCCUGCACCCACGAGCUUCGCCUCCUGGCUGAUUUGCCCCCCAAGCCGCAAGUGGCCCUCGCCCUCACCUACGCCUGCACGGCUUUUCACUGCCUGACACUGCCCAGCAGCGUCAACAACCCCGCCAGCAGCUUCCAGCUUCUCUGCACGAACAAGAGCCCGGUCAAGACCUGGGGGCUGCAAACUUCGGGCCAGUUGGCCGGGGCAAUGCUGGCGAACCUUUACAUGAAGUGGAUCUGGUCGUUGGGGAUCAUACCGGCGCAUUCGACGGCGCUGUCAGAGAAAUGCAAUGACCCGAUCCAGACAACUGUGGGCAAUGCGUUUAUUCUCGAGCUCCUUUUCUCCUCCUUGUUCCAUCUGACCUUGCGGAAAUUCGAAUCAAUGGAUCACCAGGCAAAAGUUCAUCUUCUUGCUUUGCUGGUCACCGCUUUGGUAUACGAAGGAGCGCAUCUCACAGGGGCAAUAUUCAACCCCGCUCUGGCUUUCUCUUUGCACUUGAAUUGCUUCCUGGACAAAUUCUGGAAUUACAUUCUGGUCUACUGGAUAGCACCCUGUGUAGGGUCUGUAUUGGUGGCUGUCUUGUGGGAUGAAGUACUUCCGCAAUUACGCCGCCAUUUUAACAUUUAAGAGACUCAUCAGAACUGGUGUAGACGUAUUCCACACGGAUGGAAGGCCAGACACUAAUAUCUCUUCAGCAACAUUCAGGCUGCUGUUUGGGGAAUACAGUUUUAGAAUUUCACAGAAUGGCGUUUGUUUGUGCCAUUAAAGAAUAGGCUUGUUUUUUCCUGA